AUGCUAUUACACCCUACGUUAAAAGCACACGAUCAGAAAGCAAAAGCCCAUCUCGAUCCCGAGAUAAUAUUCACGAAAUUAGAAAAGAUUGGUAGAGGUUCUUUUGGUGAAGUAUAUAAAGGUAUAGACAAUCGCACAAAUGACAUCGUUGCUAUCAAGAUUAUUGACUUGGAAGAUGCGGAAGAUGAAAUCGAAGACAUACAACAAGAGAUCACUGUUCUUUCGCAAUGUGACAGCAACUUUGUAACGAAAUAUUUCGGUUCCUAUCUCAAGGGUACCAAAUUAUGGAUUAUAAUGGAGUACUUAGGCGGUGGUUCUGCUUUAGAUAUGAUGAAAGCUGGUUCUCUCGAAGAAACUUAUAUAGCAUCGAUCCUACGUGAAAUACUUAAAGGUUUAGACUAUUUACAUUGCGAAAAGAAGCUUCAUCGAGACAUUAAAGCCGCCAAUGUACUUAUGUCCGAAAGCGGCGAAGUCAAAUUAGCAGAUUUUGGUGUUGCUGGUCAACUAACUGAUACCAUGACAAAACGGAGCACGUUUGUUGGUACUCCAUUUUGGAUGGCGCCUGAAGUCAUCAAGCAGUCCUCGUACGAUUCUAAGGCGGAUAUCUGGUCUCUAGGUAUCACUGCUAUUGAAUUGGCAAACGGAGAGCCACCACACUCAGAGUUGCAUCCGAUGAAAGUCUUAUUCUUGAUACCGAAGCAUAAUCCUCCAGAAUUGGAAGGAAAUUACUCAAAAACUUUUAAGGAAUUUGUAGCUGCCUGCCUAAACAAAGAUCCAGCUGAUCGGCCUACUGCUAAAGAACUUUUAAGACAUAAAUUUAUUAAAAGCGGCAAAAAAGUAUCUCAUCUGGUUGAGCUCGUUGACAGGUACAAAAGAUGGAGAGCAGACGGAGGAGAUACCAGUAGCUCUGAAGAUGAUGCUGAGCCUAAUGAGGAUGGGGAUGAUGUUGAAGAGUGGAAUUUUGGAACUGUUAAAACCCAACGUACUGUUAAUAAUGACGCCACUCAAGCCGCUGCGGUUAUACGUGGCUUGUCCCUUGAACCUAAAAAGAAGGCCUCAGUUCGAUUAGACUCUAUUGUUAUGCCUGUUUUACAGGAGCUCAAAGACAAAUAUGCAUUACAAAGUGGCACCAUUGAGACCUUAAAGGCAGGAUUUCGUGAAGCUGAAGCGGCUACUUGCGGUAUAACUGAUCAAUUUAUAGAAAGAAUUCUUGUAAGAGUUGGACGGUAA